AUGCACGAGGGCAGCGAUUUCAAGCUGAAGGUCAUCAAGGCGGCCAACUCCGUUUUGGUGACGUUUAGAAGCGCUGAAUAUGCGCAGGCCGUGCGAGAGACGACUGUUGACUUAGCCAAACAGCUCGACGCCGGCAGCACAAGCGCCCAAGCUCUGCUGCGAGCAGAGCUCCGAAGUUCUCAUGGCCCCUUCAGCGCAGCUGACGAGCUUCUCUCGAGCCUUCGACAGGAUGCCGAGGCGCUGCGCGAGAAGCCUUUGCGGGCUGAGUGCGAGGAAGCCGUGCGGAGUGCCGCCGCUCGUGCUCGCGGCGAACUGCCGAGCACGAGGACGGGGCCUGGAAAGAAACUGCCAAGCUCGCUUUCUCGAGCUUCGACGGAGGGUCCGGUUGCAGCGACAGUUGCAAAGGAGCAACAGCAGCAGCAGCAGCGUCCUCCACCUGCUGCCUCAAUGCCUGAUCAACAGAGUCACUUCUCAGGUGGAAGUCUACCGAGUCGAACAUCGACAGUGGGAGCCUGUGGCAGCAAAGGAAAAGGAGGUGGCAAAGCUUCACCAGGUGCCGGUGCUCCGAAGGAGGAUGUGCUGGUGCUUCCGCGCGGCGCCGCCUUUGAGCUUCAACGAGACACAGCGAGGGCAAAGACCUUCCGAGACGACCUCAGGACCUUCGCGCGGAACUUCCGCAUCCAAGCCGAGCUUGUUGGCUUGGACAAGGUCCAGAUGAGGCCCAUUGGCUUCGUCCACCAAGACACGCGAGAAAAGGCUCGAGCAGAGCUCCAAAACCUUCUCAACUAUCACUUCCCGUCCGCCGUUUCCAGAGAGCGGGAGGUGCGGCUUCGAGUCGCCGAGUCAGGAGCCGGUAUCGACCUGACGCCCAGCGAUCGCGGGUUUCAGGUCGACCACGUGGAGGACUUCCCGGGACAGGACUUCUCGGCUGGGGAGAUCAUCGUGGCCAUCAACGGCCACAAGCUCUCUGGUCUCUCUGAAGACGAAGUCGAAGAGACUUUCGGAGCUCACUUUGGGGACGGUGCUGUCCUCAUGAUUGGAAGCGCCUGA